CACUAUUGUAAAGUGGCUGUUCCACUGGAUGUCUUAAGGUGAACGCACCAAUUUGUAAGUCGCUCUGGAUAAGAGCGUCUGCUAAAUGACUUAAAUGUAAAUGUAUUUGUGUUUAGUGAGUCCGACAGAUCAGAUGCAGUAGGGAUGCGCGAAUUUAACAAUUUUCCUGUUCUGCUAAUCAUUCAAAAUCUAACGAGUACUUUUGGGUGUCAGGGAACAUGUAUGGAGGUAAAAGUACAUUAUUUUCUUUAGGAAUGUAGUGGAGUAAAAGUGGAAGUAGUCAAAAAUAUCAAAAGUAAAGUACAGAUACUCCCAAAACUCCAUACAUUUUCCCUGACACCAAAAAGUACUUAAAAUAUUUGUACUUAUCUACUUUACACCACUGAUUGCAGGGAAUACUGUUUGAAGAUGUUCCUCCCUAUGAGGCCCAUGAGACUGUGUAGGGAUGUGAUUUGAAUAGGACUGUGACUGAACGAGUGGGAUGUUGUUAUUGAUCUAUUUAUGUAUUUUGUUUUGAGGUCGUUGUUCCCCCUCCCCUUUUCCGCAAAGGAAAUGUAUUUUCGUCUACAGUUUACUAACCUUACAGUAGGUGGCGGCAGCCACGUUAUAUUUGUGUAAAUGUCAGUAUACCAGAGAAGAAGAUGACGCUGUUGCAUUGUCGAUGUGGGGAACAGGAAGUUCCGGGUUGAAACGACAGAACUGUGCUGUUGUGUCGAUAGUGGUUGUGUCCGUUUCAAAUGUAUCAUUGUAGACCGACUCAGAUUAAGUCUGAGGCCGUUAACAUCAACAGUGAGGACAAACCCAGCCUGCCUCUCUCCUUCCACACUGAGUAGAAACCUACAGUCACUGGGUCCUGAUUGUGACAGUGGAGCCCAGUUUGCUCUGCAAGGAUUCAGAGAUGGCAUCAGUGAAGCUGGAAGACUGCAGUCAAACACUGGAGCUGAAUGUCAUCAUUAAAGAUGAAGAAGAAGAGGAGAAGAUUAGGACAACUGUUAGUCAUGGAGACCAUCUGGAGACAUUCUCUACAUCCAGAGAGCAACAGCAGGAAGAUCAGAGAGCUAAGAGGUCUCAUCACUGCCCACAUUGUGAAGAGAUUUUCCCAUUUCUAUCAAAGCUAAAAAUACACCUAAAAAUACACACAGGAGAGAAGCCUUCUUCCUGCUCUGACUGUGGAAAAUGUUUGAAAACAUCAAAUGAGCUAAAAGCUCACCAGAGAACACACACAGGAGAGAAGCCAUACUCCUGCUCUGACUGUGGAAAAAGUUUUAAAUCAUCAAAUGAGCUAAAAGCUCACCAGAGAACACACACAGGAGAGAAGCCUUACGUCUGCUCUGACUGUGGAACUAGUUUCUGUCAAAUUUCCCACUUAAAAUCACAUGAACGUAUACAUACAGGUGAAAAGCCUUACGUCUGCUCUGACUGUGGGGCGAGUUUCUCUCAUCUGGGCACCUUAAAAACACACCAACGUAUACACACAGGAGAGAAGCCUUACUCCUGCACUGACUGUGGAAAAUACUUCACAACGUCAACUGAUCUAAAAGUUCAUCAGAGAACACACACAGGAGAGAAGCCUUAUUCUUGCUCUGACUGUGGAAAAGGUUUUAAAACAUCAAAAGAGGUAAAAGUUCACCAGAGAACACACACAGGAGAGAAGCCUUACGUCUGCUCUGACUGUGGGGCGAGUUUCUCUCAUCUGGGCACCUUAAAAACACACCAACUUAUACACACUGGUGAGAAGCCUUACUUCUGCUCUGACUGUGGAAAAUGCUUCAAAACAUCAACUGGGCUAAAACGUCAUCAGAGAACACACUCAGUAGAAAAGCCUUUCUUCUGCCCUGACUGUGGAACUAGUUUCUCUAAAUUUUCCAUCUUAAAAACACAUGAACGUAUACAUACAGGAGAGAAGCCUUACGUCUGCUCUGAUUGUGGAAAAUACUUCACAACAUCAACUCAUCUAAAAGUUCAUCAGAGAACACACACAGGGGAGAAGCCUUAUUCCUGCUCUGACUGUGGAAAACGUUUUAAAACAUCAAAUGAGCUAAAAGUUCACCAGAGAACACACACAGGAGAGAAGCCUUACGUCUGCUCUAACUGUGGAACUAGUUUCUCUCAGCUGGGCACCUUAAAAACACACCAACGUAUACACACAGGAGAGAAGCCUUACGUCUGCUCUAACUGUGGAACUAGUUUCUCUCGACUUUACCAUUUACAAUCACAUGAACGUAUACAUACAGGAGAGAAGCCUUACUCCUGCUCUGACUGUGGGGCGAGUUUCUCUCAGCUGGGCACCUUAAAAACACACCAACGUAUACACACAGGAGCGAAGCCUUAUUCCUGCUCUGACUGUGGAAAAUGUUUUAAAACAUCAAAUGAGCUAAAAGUUCAACAGACAACACACACAGGAGAGAACUAGUUUCUCUCAACUUUCCCACUUAAAAUCACAUGAACGUAUACAUACAGGAGAGAAGGCUUACUCCUGUUCUGACUGUGGUUUAAGUUUCUCUCGACUGUAUACCUUAAAAAAACAUAAACGUAUACAUGGAGAGAAACCAUGCUCCUGCUCUGCCUGUGUACAAUGCUUCAAAACAGCAACUGAGCUAAAAGUUAAUCAGAGAACACACUCAUGAGAGAAGCCUGCUUACGUCUGCUCUGACUUUUGGGUGAGUUUCUCUCAAAGGCUAGACCCAAGUCAAACGUCUAGCCAAAGGCUGCUUGUUUGAAUCUCAUCAAGGAGGAUUUGAGCAUUUCAGCUAAUUAGCAACUUUGCAACUACUUACUACUUUUGAACUAUGUUAGCAUGUUAGCUUAGCAUGCAACUACUUAGCAUGUUAGCUAACCUUUCCCCUAAACCCAUUUAACACCUCACCCCUAACCUAGCUAACGUUAGCAACAACAAAUUGGAAUUUGUAACAUAUCAUACAUAUUACAAGUUCGUAAGAUGUUGUAUGAAUAGCAAUGCGUAAAAUAACAUACGAUACGUCCUGCAAGUCAUAUUAUACUGAACAACAAUCUAAACGUAACAAGUUCAAAUAUUUAUGGUUCGUAUAAGGAAAUCAGUCAUUUUAAAUAAAUGAGGCCCUAAUCUAUGGAUUUCACAUGACUGGGCAGGGGCUCAGGAAUGUGUCGGACGUGGGAGGGCAUAGGCCCACUUGAGAGCCAGGCCCAGCCAGUCAGAAUGAGUUUUUCCACACAAAAGGUUUUUAUUACAGACAGAAAUACUACUCAGCCCCCCCAGACAAUCCUGCAGGUGAAGAGGUCCUGGGCUGCCGUGGUUACAUGUGAUCUGCAGUUGUGAGGCCGGUUGGAUGUACUGCCAAAUUCUCUAACAGGACGAAGGACGUUAGAGGUGGCAGCUCUGGUGGACGUUCCUGCAGUCAUCAUGAGAAUUGCACAUUCCCUAAACUUGAGACAUCUGUGACGUAGUGUGGCCUUUAUUUAGGCUUACAUGCUCACUAACAGGGAUAUUAACGAAUUUGUGCACAACAUUUGAGAGAAAUAAGAUUUGUGUGCCUAUGGAACAUCUCUGGAAGUUUUUAUUUCAGCUCAUGGAACCAAUACUUUACAUGUUUUGUUUAUAUUUUAGUUCAGUUUAUAUUGGUAGGCCAAUGUCAUGUAACCUAACAUGCUUAAUGGAGUGGAAUGGAUGUUUUUGUAACAUAUAAUACGUUUUGCUUUGAGACCAGGUUGUCCCUCUGCAGUAUUCUGUGGAAAGGAGUGAGUUGAUACUUCUUAAAUUUUUUAUUGAACUUUUAUUUAACUAGGCAAGUCAGUUAAGGACACAUUCUUAAUUACAAUGAUGGCCUAGGAACAGUGGGUUAACUACCUUGUUCAGAGGCAGAACAACAGAUUUUUACCUUGUCAGCUCGGGGAUUUGAUCUUGCCCAACGCUCCAACCACGAGGCUACCUUCCACGCCUAACAUGAAUCAGAUAGAGAUGGUGUGAUGAUCACUUUUCACCAUUAGUUUGGGGGGGUGUUUUACAACUUUAUUUAAUGAUACACAGCUUAUGAAAUGAAUACAUGUGUUUAUUAAUUGUCUUUCAAACUAGAUGAGUUAUUUUAGUUACUGAUCAUGAAUGUGUUUGGAAAACUGCAUUGAAGCAAACUUUAUUGAUCUGCCAAUGAAAAAUAAAGUUACAUGAAUAUGUA